AAAAAAGUAUUACUAUGAAAAAGUAUUUAUCAUAUUUAUUACCAUUUAUGAUUCAUUCGUGUAAAUGCGCUGUAUUUGCAUAAAUAAAUACGAAUGUGAAAACACUUGCAGAUAAUGUACGUAAUUUAUGUAUGCGAGUGAGUGCACGAGUAAUGAGUCACGUGUUAAUGAAAAGAAAUAGUGAACCCACAUCAUGGACGGAAUUUAGAUGAAUGAUCAGGAAAUAAAUAUGGAACCCGCAUAGCUUCAGUUCGAAAAAAAAACUCAUACGAAGAAAAAACGAAAUGUUGUAAUUUUAGUGGACUUACUGCUAGUAAACGGGAGCGGUGAUUCGUGAAAAGGAAGAGCCGCAGGAAGGGACAACCGGUACCGUGACAGUAACGACGAGAAUCAAUGGGUUAACAUCAGAGAAGACCUAGAAUUAUCUUACUAGAGUGACAUUACUGUGGAAGAAUCAAUCUCCAUGAUGGAGGUGAAACCGAUACCAAAGCCGCGAUCAGUCUUAACUGAGAGUAGACCGAUACCGGCGCCUCGAAGACUCUUGCCGAUGACCACCUUGCCAUCGACUCAUUCCAGCAGUCCGACCAGCGAAUCGAGUCAAUCCGAGAAGAGCGACGAUUUAAGGUCAACCAGCAGUACCAGCGAAAGUACUCGCGGCAACCACGAGUUUUUCCGCAGCCUCAGUACGAGUUCGCGUCAACUGAAGGAUGAGAUCUCGGAGAAGAUGACGGUGAAGGGACGUGCCGUUAUCUCCAGCACGCGGAACGCCAGCAUUCGGCUGGAGAAGUCGGUAAAGAAUUUGUUGACUCGACGGCUGUCAUCCUUGAAUCAGGACGACGUAGUCAGUCAAGGCGGUGUCCAGAAGAAACUCAAAGAUCCAGUUGAGGAGGACAGAUGCGUGUCCAUGCCGGCCGACAACAUCUUCAGUAGCAUCUCAUUUUAUAGUCCUUUAAGCGGCAAUCUCAGGAGCGUGAAGAAUGAAGAGGAUCUAUCCACCGGUGGCAGACACAGCCCGCCGCCUCCGGUUUAUCCGCCACCCCCGCUUCCGGACGAAUCUAUCUACGACGAAUUGCAAUCCGUCACGUCGGGAAGUAGCGGCCGAUACGACACACUCAGUUCUACGGUGUCCGACAAGAUCGAGCGAGAUUUUCCAGACUUCAAUGUCCUAAGCUUGUCGAGAAAUCAGGCUAGUGAUUCCGACCAAAGUCUAAAUUUGUCUGAUGUUAAUGCAAGUCUAUCGCUCGACAAAUCUGAAACCUUUACCAAAAGGCUAUCGAGAUCAGAUUCUUGGACUUUUUAUGACGCCACACCAGGCACGAAAGCUGAGAGUGUCGAUGAAGUGGAUAGGAUAUCCAACGUAGAAGAGGAAAGCUUGGAGAAAUCCUUCGAGAGGAAAAUUUCGCCAGUAGAUCGAACUUCUUGUGCGUCCUUCGACAGUCAAGCUUCCAUUCAAAAUUCUCUCUAUGAGAAUCUAUCGCCGCCGAAAGCUGAUUGUCGACAAGAAUCGACGACAAGUCCCUCGGAUACCAGAGUGCAAAGCAGCAAGUCUGUACUUUUUGAGUUCGAUCCAUUCGCGAGGGCCGAAGACGAAAACGUUUAUAGCAAUUAUGAGAACAACGAUAUGAUGUUAUUGGAGACUUUGUUGGCUACCAACGAUUUGCCUAGCAGUGCCGAUAGCACGUUAGAAUUUCGCGAGAGCGCCGAAGAGGAGCAAGAGGACGAGGAAUUGAUGCAUUCUGGUAUCACACCUCCGGAUCCACCCAAGAGAUUUGAUUCCCUUCCCAAAAACGAGUAUGACGUGGCAGAAGGUGUGGAACAACCCGACAAGGUCCAAGCUUCGAGCAAAAAUCCGCCUCUCUUGCCAAAGCUGGCGCACUUGGUGACCAAAAAGCAGCCGGCUGUUCCUCCCAGGAAACCUUCUAUGAAGGGUCCUCCGCUUCCUCAACCAAACGCGAGUAUGCCUGUGACAACGACAACGACACUUGCCAAUAAUGACGAGGAGAGUGUUACUAAUCCUUCUUCAGCGACGCCAAAGCUUGCCGAGGACAAUCGCAAAGUGAGCAUGAUACAAAAAUUAAAGAAACUGCGACAGGAGUCCACGGUGCACGCCAUCAAGCCUAAUGUGAUCAGUUUUGUUAAGAGUGGUAGUAAACUGUUAGCCAGAACUCGUGAACAUAUCGGUGAGUCCGGCUCGAGGUCACUGCGAAUGGAGAGGCCGAAGGUGAACGUUCCGCACAAUCCGGUCACACAUAGGGGAAUAGUAUACAGGCCUGGAAUGGGUAUCGAGAGGGCCAAGGACCUCGUGCCGAGAGCAGCAGUGUUGCUCGAUCGGAAAUUAUCGUUCUACGCUGACAAGAGCAUGUCUACGCUGAAAGAGGUCGUGGAAUUAGAGACAGUACACAGUAUUCAUCUGCUUCAGGAUGUUAAAACCAUGGACAGCGAGACGGUGCAUUGCAUAGCGAUUAGUGGCGCGGGCAGACCGAGUGUGCACAUUUUCUAUGCGAAAGGUGUUGCCGAGAGACGAAUUUGGGCUCAGAGAAUCCUAGAAACGAGCACGCCGAUUUUUCCCACAAAGUACACCGCUGAUUUCACCAGAGCAGGUUGGGCUUACUUAAAGGAAGGUGUAACAGGUACAUGGUUCCCAGCUUGGCUCCUCUUACAACAAAGAAUACUGACUUACACGAAAACCUUGGAAUCUGCUGUGAACUAUGCUGUGAAUUUUGAACACGUGGAUCUACGGAAAGCGCGUUGCAUUGUAUUGCGAGAUCAAGAAGGGCCGAUUGCCGCGUGCGGGACUGUUCCAGUAGUCGUUGUAGAUGCUGGGGGUAGUGGCGCCUUGCAUAUUGCCACGUCGGGAACCCACGAGUCAACUGCGUGGCGACAUGCGCUUUAUCAAGCAGCUACAAACUCCGGUCCUGCUUUAGACCAACAGCAGAUUACGCAGGACAACGUGCCUGUCAUCUUGGACAAAUGCGUCAACUUUAUCUAUGCCCAUGGUAUGAUGACGGAGGGUAUUUAUCGUCGUAGUGGAUCGAGCAGUGCUGUCGUAAAGUUAUUAGAGGCUUUCAGACGAGAUGCAUGGGCCACACAGAUAACACGGAACGUAUACACGGAACACGACGUCGCCACGGUUCUUAGAAGAUUUCUUCGAGAUUUACCGGAAUCAUUGUUCCCUCCUACUAUACAUGACCGACUCUGUCUCGCCUCAGAAUCGACUAGCGAGGAAAAUAGAGUAGCGACUUAUCGAAAAUUAUUGUCCACUCUAAAUCCUAUAACAUCAGCGACGCUUCGUCGGAUCUUAGCGCAUCUUCACGGCCUCAGUCAGCAGAGUGCCAGGAAUCUGAUGACUGUCGAAAAUCUUUCGGCAGUGUGGGGUCCAACUCUGAUGCAUGCCAGCGAGAACAGCGCCGAGGAAUGGAACCGGACGGAGAUCAAGGUCGUCGGUGAUCUCAUCAAAUUAUAUCCGAAACUUUACCAAUUGUCGUCGGCUGAUUUGGCCAAGGAAGCGAAGAUGCUGGAGAUUCUGGAAAAACAUCAUGUGUCCAAUAAUGGACUACGAGGUGCACCUUCAGGAGAUCUCAAGAUCUGGAUAUACAUCCUUUCGCCGAAUGGAGAGUGUGUGAACGUUACAAUCGGACCUCAGAAGACUGCAUUCGAUGUGUGUCGAGAACUCGCUGAGAAAACCAACUUACCGUCUCAUGAGCUGUGUUUAGAGGAAUAUACUCUGUCCGGCGCGCUGGAGCGACCGUUGCAUCAUAACGAACGUGUCUUGGAAGCAGUGGCGAGAUGGGGAUACUGGGACUCGGAUGACAGAAAGGAUAAUGUCCUUGUCCUUAGAAAAGACCGAUUAUACAAGGACAUCGUGCCUCUGGUAAAGCCGCCUAUGACGAUCUCCGGGGAACUUAAAUUUGCGGACAUCAAGACAAAGAACUUGAAAACUUAUCUCUUCGAGUUCAGCCAGGCGAAGCUCUUUUGUUACAAGGAUAAGGUGUGCUCCGUGAAACUUCAUGAGUGGAAGAUAGAAGACAUCAUUUGGUACUUGGGACAUGAGCCUAAAAGAAAUCCACAGAUGGGCUGGUCCAUCACGUUUAUUACAAAAAACAAGAAACCAACGAGAUGUAAGGACAGUCCAUAUUUCGGGAAUAUUUUGGCGGGCACAUCCAAAGACGAGCAGUAUAAAUGGUUAGCGGCUAUGCUUUUCGGAGAAUACCAAUUAAAUCUCCGGGCUUCCGCAGUGAAUCUUAUGGAUCCAUGACCGAUUAAAGCCGUUUGAAUUAUAAGCCACUUAGUGCCUCCAGAGUGAUCGAUAAGUGAUACUUCCUUCUAUUAAAUCGCGACUCUGAACAAAUAUAAAUAUGUGUACAUUAUAGUGUCGAUUGAAAGAACUGAUUAGCUUAAUAUUUUAUAGUUUACAAUUUUAUAAUUUUUUUAAGUAUAUAGUAUACACACACUAGAAGUCUGAUCUCGCUUAUGUAAAUUGAAUUGUCCUGUUACGAACCUGUCGAUUAGUGUGGCUGAUAGAAACGUCGUAGUUACGAUUGCAAAUCAAUGAUGCUGUGAAAAUCUACAAUUAAUCAACAGGGAUGUUAAUUAUCAUAUAUGAGACGAAUUAUGGAAUAAAAAAUAUGCCAUUUUUAGAGAAAUAAAAUUAA